CUCGAAGAAGGUUUUAGGUGUCAUCGCCAUUUCCGAUUUCUUAUCCAUUGGUGGUGGUGGGGUGGGGGUAGCUCCGAACCCUAGCUGCUCUCUGGCCGCCGGUGGCGAUGGCGGCGGCGGCGGUGGGGUCGUACCGGUCGGCGGGGAGGAGGAGGGACGCCUUCGCGGCGGCGGAGGACGCCGGGUCCGCCACGCGCGGGCGGGCCGCGGCCGCCGGGGAAAGCGGCGGGCUGCUCCGGCGGUCGAGGAGCCUGAGUAGGUUCCCGCCGCCGUCGCCCUCCCCGGAGGACGCGGCCACGCCCUCCUCGAGGUUCGUGAACAAGGUCAGGGGCGGCGGACGAGGCGGAGCGGGGUUGCCGGAGAUCAGCCUCGAUGACCUCGCCGACGAGUUCUUCCGGGCCAGGGCGGAGUCCGAGGACGACGACGACGGCGACGACGACGAGGCGGUGGUCGUGCGCGGGGAGGAGUCGCGUGGGCGGCUGCGGUUCCCGGCGCCGGCGGAGAAGGGCGGUGGUCGGCGCAGCUCCACCGCGCGCUACGCCAGGGAGACGGAGUCCUCGCGGCAGCGCGGAAGGUCGGUGUCGCGGCCGCCAGCCGAGAGGCGGGGCGGAGCCACCGGUGUGGCCAAUGGCGGUGCUGCCGCGGGGCGGCAGCGUUAUGCAUCCGUGGACCGCCGUCCUUCGAUGGAUCGACAUCGAUGGUGUGAUUCUGAUAAUGAUUUGGACAUUUCUCACCGCUAUGGUUCUGGUGGAAUAAAUACCAAAUCCAGCAAUAAUGGUGUGCAGAAUUCAUUCCAUAAGUCGACUAAAGUAAAUCAAUCAUUGAGGAAGUCUACAAGUCAAAGGGAUUUCUUACAUUCGCGGGACAGUAGCUCAAGCCAUUCUUCACUAACUGAUGAUGAAUUUCGGGAUACCCACUCUUUUCAUAGCAGAAAUCAGAAGGGAAUUUGGACAGCCUAUGCCCUUGAGAAGGACCGCCGAAUCGUUAAUGAGGAUGAAAGCCCACUGUAUGACGUGAUGCGUAAAGAAGUCAGGCAAGCUGUUGAAGAAAUCAGGACUCAACUUGAACAGGUUGUGACAAAAUCUGAACCUUCAGAAAAAGCAACAAAUGCUGAUGCACAACCAACUCAGGUUAUUACUGAGCUCCGCAGGAGUUACACUAGCAAGUUGGAAGAGUCAGAGAAGCGGAAACAGGAAUUGUUAGCUCAAUUAGCAGCAGAAGAACAGCGUGGUCAUGAACUUACAAAAAUCGUUAAAGAAUUGUUGCCUACUGGUAAGAAGAAUAUGAAUUCAGAAAAGCAGCCACGAUAUAGAAGAAGAAGCAAUGAUAGAGCUAGGAUGUCAAGACGUCUUACUGAAGAGGCUGAGCAAUACUUUGAAGAUUUCCUGUCAAAUGUUGAAGAUACUGAUUUUUCUUCUUUUGAUGGAGAAAGAAGUGAUACAAGUUUGAGCAGACGAGAUGUGGUACUUAAUACUAAGCUAGAAACUCCAAUAGCGCUUCCAAAAGUUUCUUCACCUGUCGAGUCAGAUGGGGUUGUUCUUCCCUGGCUGCAAUGGGAAACAAGCAACGACAUUCAAACCUCUCCAUGCAAAACUAAGACACAGGGAGCUAGUACUGCAUGCAGCACUAGCAAUAACACUAUGAGCAGCCGCGGGAGUUGGAGUCCUGGAGACCAUGAUAGCUCAGCUGGCUCCAAAGAUACACUUCUGACCAGGUUCGAGGAGGCUGCGGCUCUCCGAAGCAGCUGCCCUGAUAACACUCGAAGCUCGUCGUAUCAUAUUGAUGACUAUAUGCAUCUGCGGAGGAGCCAUGAUCUUCUCUUGGAGCGAUGGAGGCAGAAGCAGAGAAUUGACGACGGUGGCCUAAUAUUAUGCAAUAGAUCAACAAUAAUGUAGGUCAUGGCCCAUGAUUCUUUUGUAGAAGCAGAUGCGCAGCAAUGGCUGCAAAUUCUAUGCUGAAGAUCAACAAUAAUGUAGCCCAUGAUUCAUCCGUGUGCUUACCCCAUUAGGUUGGUUGUGUUGAGCUAUGCCUAAGUGUGCACUUCUGCAAACUUGACAUGAUACGGCAGGGACUCGCUUGGCUAUACUACUUUGUACAGACGUUAUUUUCUUUGUUGCUGAGUAGAGACUUUGCUUUGUGGCAACUCUCCAUGGGUGGCCCUUGCGUGCUUUGUCGAAGGUGCUAUCUACUCCUGUUUGGCAGGAAUGUCUGGGUGAAAGCCUACC